CAAGAUGUUUGCAGCUCGAUUUGAGCUGCAAUCCAGAAGAAGAGAAUUAUGAAUACAUCCUGCCAUUUAUAGGACCGCAUCAUUCGUAAGCUCGCUCGCAAAUCGAGCCAGACUGCACUGACUGUUGUGUGAGUAGUACACAUGCCUUUCAAUAGCGAUCAUCUUGUUGUGUACAUUGUGAAUGAUCGCCCCGACAUCGUUGUUAACAUGAAGCUAGUUCUGAGGAGAUAUUCAACAGCCUUGUGGCGUGCUCGGUGAGACGAGGAUCAAAAAUAAUGUGCUGCACUGAAUCAGGAGAAGCAAGUGAAGAAUGCGAACUGGAGUUGGUAGAAAGUGAACCUGUGGAGUUUAAUAGACGACGAAUCCACAACCUACUCGAUCUGAACUUUAUUUGUACGUGAGUUUUUAACUGUCUCAUUAUUGUUUGGCCUGGGAGAACUCGACUCAGGGGCUAUCCCAAUCUCUUCGACUUGUAGGAGUAAAUGAAUCCGCUUUUGGAUCCGAGUACGUGAACUGUGGAUGGAUUGUUCAGAUUCUCCUCCGUAUAUGGUAAUGUCUAUCGAUCGGACACAAGAGAGAUUCCAUCGGUUCACGUGAAGUGAAACUUUACGCAUCGUGUUCGUACUUGAAUAUCAGCAUCUUCAGUCGAUGCGCAGGUGCUAAAUGUCAUCUGCUCUUCAUCAAGAAGACCAGAAGUACCUGACACUGUAUAACGUGCUCACCGCAUCAGCGUAAAUCCGGACGAAUAAUUAUCCGAUCAAAGCAACGUACAAUCAACCAAGAAGCUGAUUCCAAUGCCCACGGCCCCGGAAGGGUUCUAUUAAAUGUAGUACGUGAGGCCUAUUCGAUCACCUUGUGUAGAAUUUGGCAUCCUUGGGAAGGAAAGAGUGCACCAUGCCUUCGACCUUUCAUCGGCAGUAAGCUCCAGUCGAGUGAAGAAGGAAAAUUCCUCGGCCUAGGAGUCCAAAGUGCUCGAUCCCAUACCGCACUGACGGCACUAAGACAUUCUUGUGACAGGAAUGAAGCACAGCACAUGCAGCAUAGCACACCGCAGACAGCUAGCGCGAUGGUGAUGUCCCCGGAGCUCUGCGGAGCAGCUAUCAUAACCGCGGUGUAUGUCCUGCUCAUGUGCAUGAGGUUCGUAUGGAUCGAUUGCGUUCAUUAUCAGAAGGUUGCCGAUAUGUACGAGAAAGACGACCAGCAACGGGGAAGACGGCCACCGCCUGUGCCUCCGGGAAGCCUCGGUCUACCAUACGUAGGAGACACGAUCACGUACUUGAUAGCUGUACAGAAUUCCGAUUUGAGAAGCUAUUUUGACAAGAAGGUAGAGAGCUACGGGGAUAUCUUCAAAGUAUCCCUCUUCGGUAGAACCACUGUGUUUCUAGAUCUGAUCGAUGGAACCGACUUCUUGUUCAGAAACGAGGGACAGGGUGAACUCAGUUUGCUCCCCUCACACUGGUCCAGGAGUAUCAGAGCUUUGAUGGAAAGUAGCUCUUUGCCUUUCACCGAAGGUCCCAUACACAAAGUUCUGAAAAAUCACUGGCAACGAAAUUUCUUCGAUGUCAGUGCUGUAUCUCGACGGGUCCAGACGAUAGAGGAACUGGCUGUGAAACACAUUCGUGAGCACUGGCCGGGACAAAGUGUAGAAAUGGCUUCAGUUCUGGCACACGAUGCAAUAUCACUCUACACUUUUGACGUAGUCUGUGAGCUCUGUCUGGGAGUAAAGGAUCCGGCGUUAGUGCAGAAGCUCAGAUUGGACAUUCAGGUCUAUGCUGAGGGCUUUUACUGUCUUCCACUGCGAUUCCCAGGAUCCGGUUUCUAUCGCGCGUGUGAAGCCAAGAAGCGCCUCACAAGAAUGCUCGAGCUUGUAAUCGUGCAAAGAAGACAUGAACUCCUCGAAGGACGAGCUCCUCCUACGCACGACUUUUUAUGUGUUUUGCUCUCUCAGCGUGAUGAAACGGGCCUCUCGUCAACCGACCAGGAAAUCGCAGCCCAGAUGUUGUUGAUGCUUUUCGCUGGUCAAAAGCCCACUGCAGACACGCUCACUCAUAUGAUCGAGCUUGUAGCUGCACACCCGAAUGCCUAUGCAAAGCUCCUACAAGAGCAUGCCGAGAUCGCUUCUGUGAAGAAGGAAGCUGAGCUUCUUUCGAAGGAUGAUCUGUGCUCGAUGAGGUAUUCCUGGCGAGUUCUUCAAGAAACCCUACGACUCUUUCCUGUGUCAGCAAACCUCUUCCGGGAGGCGGCAACUGCUUUUCAGUAUAAGGGCUUCACUAUAAACAAGGGCUGGAAGGUGGCUGCCUCAGCAGCCCGGGUUCGUUCCGAGCCAGAAAUGUUCAGAGAUGCGGAUUCUUUUGAUCCUUCGAGAUUCGAAGACACCGAUGGCGGGGCGCCACCCUACAGCCACUUUCCCUUCGGAGGGGGCCUGCGCAUGUGCCCUGGCGAUGAGUUGGCGAAGCAGGUGAUCUUUGUAUUCUUCCAUCACCUUUUGAAGAACGCCCAGUGGAGGCCUGUCGAAGCAGAGCACAAGGUGGCGCCAUCCUACACAUGCGUGCCUUCUCCGAGCCCUGCGGGUUCGCUCUUCAUAUAAACUUCCACCUACGUUGAUGACGAUGAUCCGGCCAUGUCUGCUGCAUGUUCGUUUGUCAUGCUUGCCGAUCGUACUUAUUGUGUACAGAACUGACGCUGACGGUAGUCAUCUCAUCCUUGCACUUGUGGUACUGUAAAGCUUCAUAUUGUCCUAGUGCGUGAGUUAUCUGCAGUCCACGUACCUGUACCCGAACUAACACGAAUAUAACAAAUUGCGUCAUGGAUAUGAACUGUGAGCCUGUGUACACAGAACUUUGUAGUGUGGCCAGCAGUUUCACAUUCUCAUGCCAACUCGUGAUGUUGCAAAGAAGGCUGACGAUCAACAUGCUUCUCAUGAUGAUCACUAUAUGAGUUCUCUAUGCUAGUCAGUAUCAACAGAUGCGGGCCGUGACAUGGUUCUCACGGUGGUCUUCUCCCCACUGAAAACAAGGAAUUAAUCCUUUAAUAUCAUGAGACUAGAAAAUGGAGGAUGAGUUGGAAAUAGAGUUUGUUCUCCGUCUGUUCCGUCUUAGCAAUCUGACGAAAGAAUGUGUAUCUGAGAUCGCUAAGCUGAUUACUGUAAAUUUCUUGACUGUGACAUCUCAAACCACCGAGAUCGUAGAGGUUUAGGUGUAAAUUACUUCUUCGUUGGGCCCAGAAAUGAGUUUCUUGCUAUUGUGGAACAAGGUCCAGUCUGAUGUGCUGCGUGUUCCAAUUGGAUCGUGAUUUCUGAUGUCAACCAUCUUGUGCUCUGUAUUCAUAGAAAGGUAACUCUGUUUGGUAGGUACCCAUCCAGACAGAGAAAAAUCAGGGUCGAGCUUUAGAGCCCCUAUGAGGAUGAUUUGUAUCAAGUAUUGAGCAAUUUUGUUCUUGCCCCUUAGCUUUACGCUCAUUCGCUAACGUGCAAGCAUCGCUCUUGAGUUACUCUACUACUCAUCACAUGUAAGUUGCAAUCUGCUUGAUUUUGUACAUGGUAUGAUUGAAAAAUGAUAAACAAGAAUAACAAGGCAUGCAAUAUAGAAUAAUUUCUAUAAAUAUGGUUUAUGAAUAUUUGACAUUGCGUAUUGUACGGAUCGGUUUUUAUGAAAUUUUUGUCUACUUAGAAUUACUAAAAUAAUAUACUUUUACUAACAAACAGUUAUCAUGAGAAAGCAAUGAAAUAUCUGGAUACAUAAUU